AUGUUGAGAGAAUAUAAAUUAGUUGUUGUUGGAGGUGGUGGUGUUGGUAAAUCCGCUUUAACCAUUCAAUUGAUUCAAUCCCAUUUUGUUGAUGAAUAUGACCCAACUAUUGAAGAUUCUUAUCGUAAACAAUGUACUAUUGAUGAUCAACAAGUAUUAUUGGAUGUUUUAGAUACUGCUGGACAAGAAGAAUAUCUGGCCAUGAGAGAACAAUAUAUGAGAACUGGUGAAGGGUUUUUAUUAGUUUAUUCUAUUAAUUCAUUAAAUUCUUUCCAAGAAUUAAAUUCAUUUUAUGAUCAAAUUUUACGAGUCAAAGAUUCUGAUAAUGUUCCAGUUUUAGUUGUUGGUAAUAAAUGUGAUUUAGAAAUGGAAAGACAAGUUAGUUAUGAAGAUGGAUUAGCAUUGGCUAAUUCUUUCAAUUGUCCAUUUUUAGAAACUUCUGCUAAACAAAGAAUUAAUGUUGAAGAAGCAUUUUAUGGAUUAGUAAGAAAUAUUAAUCAAUAUAAUGCUAAAAUUGCUGAAGCUGAAAAACAACAACAACAGCAACAACAACAACAAAAUGCAAAUCAACAAGGUCAAGACCAAUAUGGACAACAAAAAGAUAAUCAACAAUCACAAUUUAAUAAUCAAAUAAAUAAUAAUAAUAAUACUAGUGCUGUUAAUGGUGGUGUAAGUAGUGAUGGAAUAAUAGAUCAAAAUGGUAAUGGAGGUGUUUCUUCUGGUCAAGCAAAUCUUCCAAAUCAAUCACAAUCACAAUCACAAAGACAACAACAACAGCAACAACAAGAACCACAACAACAAUCUGAAAAUCAAUUUUCUGGUCAAAAACAAUCUAGCUCUAAAUCAAAGAAUGGAUGUUGUGUUAUUGUUUGA